AUGAAUAAUAAUUUACAAAUACUAGAAAUUAUUGACAUUAUACAGAAAGAAGCUAAUAAAAGCAAUGAAGAAGAAAAAUCAAUGUUGGAAAACUGUAUUACCUUUCUAAAUGAAUGUGCUAAGACUGAAAGAGUAUUGGAAGAAUCUAUCAAGAAAUUGGUUGAAGAUGCUAUUAAUAAAACACAGAAACGUGAUAUACUGUCCCAACAAAAGUUAUUUGAAUCAUGGAUUAAUACUCGGGAGGUAAAAUUAAAGGAACAAAAACAAAGACUUGACAGAGCUCAGCGUAUAGAACAACUUGAAGAAAAACAGAGAGAACUUAAGUUGGAAGAGCAAAAAUUAUGGUUUUUUGAAAAUGAAGAACAAAUUGAAUUGGAAAUUGAAAGCAAAGAAAAGUUUAAUACAAAAGUAGAGAAGACAAAGAAAAAUAUGUCUGAUGAAAAUUAUAUUCCACCUGAAAUUUUACCUAAACGCAGA